CGCGUUUCCUGUCAAAAGCGCCACUACGCAUGACAGUCAGUGCGGCCUUGCAGACUGAAGAGCGCUGCCAACAAAGGCCGAGUCGAUGGGUUACAAAAAGAUUAAUUUGGACUUCUAAAACCCUUUUGUUGUUGUAAUUAUAAUUUUAUAUAGGUUGUGAAUCUGUGAUUACGGUUAAGAAAAUGUGUGAAUGAUAUGAAUCGUGACGGCUAGCAAAGGAGUCAGCUGGUCAACAGUGCGAAUAGUGAAUAAGAAAUGGCGGCCUUGCCAGCAGGUGUUCAGUAUGGGUUAUCAUCAGAGUCUAGUUAUAAAGAAAACAAGGAACUAGUGUUUGUGAAAUUAACGGAUUCAGCGCUGAAAGCUAUAGAAGACUUCAUUAGGAAUAACAGGGACAAAUUGGCAAAACCUAAAAUACAGUUCCUACCUGGAAAUGAAGGGAAAAUCUCGAUUCCGGCUCCUGCCAGUGGCAAUGGGUCAGCGGGAGAGGCUACGUUUCACUUCAGCGUCAAUAGCAAUGCAGAAAUGGAGGGUCCACAGGGUUCGUUCGAAUGCGUCAGGAGUGGCGGCGCGCGGCGGCUGGAGUCGUGCGGGCCGCUGCCGCGAAGGAUGCGCGUGCACGCGAAAGACGACUCGUACGAGGCGACCAAGGACCGUAUGGCGAGGACAGUCGCUGCGGAGCAGAGCAAAUGCACCCGCGUGAUAAAGCCUAAUCAAACGGACAUUGGGCGAGUUAAGGUGCGAUCGGCGCAUCAGAUAUACUCAUCACCGGCCACGGCGCGCCUCGUUGCCGACCGAGCCGAACGGGAACGAGAGCGCGAGCGAGAGAGGGAGAGGGAGCGAGCCGAAAGGGUUGAGAGGCCCGCUGUAGCGCCGCCUGUGCCCCGCCCACAACCUGCCGCGCCCGCUCAUCCCCCCCAGACUCAUCAGCCGCACCAGCAACAUCAACCGCAGCGGCCUCCACCCAACCCGGAUCUCACUAGGCGAUCCAUAAAGGAAAGACUAAUACAGUUACUAGCGUUGAAACCUUUCAAAAAACCCGAACUCUACGCGAGGCUUACCAGUGAGGGUAUCAAGGAGAAGGAACGCAGUUUGGUAAACAAGCUCCUGCCCCAAAUCGGGUCUUUGAAGGACAACUGUUACCACUUACGUAGGCACAUAUGGAAUGACGUCAAUGAAGAUUGGCCGUUCUAUUCGGAAGAGGAGAAGCAUAUGCUCAAACGGCGGAAACCUCAAAACCUCACGCCUCCCCUAAGCAGCGAUUCGGCCCAUUCGCUGUCACCUCGCGCGUCGCCCAGCGCGAAUAAAAGGCCGAGCGUGAACGACGCGGCCGACGAACUGCCCUCCAAGAAGCAGAGGAUCUCCCAUUACCGGCGGCCGUCGCCUCCUUCGUCCGGAUACGCGACGACUUCGUCCGGGGAACGGCACGCGUCCGACACGGAAGACGGACCGGCCGUUUGCCAGACGGGUUACACGGCGGUCAACGGCAUGGACGAAGUGCCUUCAAUGCCGGCGAAAAGCCGUACCGCCCAGUACCGGAGGCCGUCGCCGCCGGCCGCGCCCGAGAGAAAUCCCGUGGAAGUCACGCGCCACGCGCCCGAAAGGCAUCCAGCUGAGGACGACGACAGGACUGCGGGCAAAAAGGAGAAUGGAUACACCCUCAACUUCAAUACCGUCAAGGACGCGUGUCCAAGUCCUGUCAAGGCGAACGGUUUUAGAAAUAGUCCCAUAGUAGAGCAAACUAGUAUCACAGUAAAAGACAUCACAAAUACGGAACCCUUAGAAAAUACUGAAUUGUCGUCUGUCGCUGACGAAAAAAUGACUGAACCGGAAGACAUUGAAAGGCAAUACCCGCCGAUAACUAGUUCCAGCACCCGCCGGGCGUACAAGAACGAAUUCGCGGAACUGUACAAAGAAUACCGGAGUCUUUACGAGCGAGUCGCCGAAGUGGCGGCACUGUUCACGCGCCUCGAGCAACAGUUGCAUAGGGCCCCGCCACACUCGCCUGAUCAGCAGAACAUAGAGCAGCGCAUCCAGGAGGAAUACCGGCGCGUGAGCAACGACUCCGCGUACCAGCACCAGAAGCAGCGAGUCAACUUCCUCCAUCGGAAACUGUCGCACCUCAAGAGGAUGGUCCACCAAUACGAUCACUUGCGCAACCUAAAGACGGAGCGCGUUGCGACCGCAAGCACGACGCAAGCAUACUGACACUCGAGUUACUUCCCGCCCGCCGCACGCUGCCUAUAGUGACUUACUACGAGCGACACUACUUAUAGCUGCGGACUAAGGGCUGGUACAACCCUAUCGAACACGUUGUGAGGUAAGCGACUUCGCGCGACGAUACAGAAAAAUCUGUCGGGUUCGGAUUUGACGUGAGGUCAUUGGGUAGAAUGGAACAAUUUUGCCUCUUCUCAUUGGUCAUUUUGCCUGACAGCGACAGUGACGCCAGAUUUCUACUCAAAUUCAGUCGUACUAGUGACCAGUAUGAUGAUUUGACAGAAACAUUAUAAGAUGUUCUUUUGAGAUAAAGAAAAAGUUGUCCCGUUUUGGCCAAUGACGUCAUGUACCAUAGAACAAAUGCGAACUACGGGACAGAACAUUCUGUAAAUGCAUUUUGCAUUUGAAGAUCGUUGCGCGUAUGUCGCCGUCAUAUUGACCUAAAACUUCUGUGAUUGUAGCGAUAGUCACAAAUAUCAUGAUCGACGUUCGACAGGGGAUCAAAAGGCCUUUGUUAGUUGUUAUGGCAAUGUUUGCUAUUGAAAAAGAAUCAUAUAUUUUUACACGUGAAAUAAGUGUGAUAAAUAAAUGUUUGAGCGGAUAGUUAUAGUAUAGUUGACAGUUCAAUGGCAAGAAUCCGCUAUAGGAAGUACUUUUAUAGGCUGGCAAGCCUGAAUGUUCACAGAAAUGUACAGUACAUAAGCAUUUAUUUUUCAUAACGUUGAUAAUACGAAUAAAGUUCCAAUCAGCUGAUAACUGCUGAAUCGAUAUAGAAUGUUAGUGAUGUUAAUGAGACACACCUGCAUUUUGUUUGUCCUAGCAAUUGUUACUCAAUAAACAAAAUGCAGGUGCUCGUGUUGUGCAUUUCUAAUUCAUACAAUAGACUAGUAUUAUAAUAGGAAAAUGUGAAUCCAGUUAUUUGUGAAGGCCGAUAACAAGUCCCCCAAGCCCUUAGUCCGCCCUACGUAUAGCUCUUGAUAUGUAAAGCUAGUCGUAACAUGAUAUCGUGUCGCAUCGCUCUCGCGAAAGUGAAAUGGGUCGCGAAACGUUGCCUUAGUAAAGUGCACGCGAUUUAGACCGUGGCAAACGAAACGGCAAUGUAAUUCUAACAAUGUCGGUCACCCGAGAGAAUCGUUACGUAGCCCGUCCGAUACGUCGGCGAGGGACUACUUUCACUGUAACAGUUUGUCGACCAAACAUAAUCAAAUUCACGAGAGCGAGCGCCGAGAGUUCUUGUUCGCAUUACUAAACAAGGUUCUCAUAGUACCAACAAGGUCGGGUGCUGUACAACACAGGAAACAUAAUGCCUUACAUAAACCAAUAUUGUUGAUGCAGUUAAUUUGCAAGUGAGCAUAGAUUCUAUUUUUAUACGUCAAUCUCCCGUAUAGUGACAGGUAACUAAAUCGUAGGUCUUUGUAUUCUGAACAGUGGACAGUCUUGUCAAAGCCGCGCUGACUGUUAAUGCAAUUAUAUUUACAAGGAUUAGAGUUAUUAUUUGUUGACCACGUAUUUAUAUGUGGUAUUUGUAUUUGUCAUAUAGUAUAAAUUAUAUCCCGACAUGUACACAGAUUAUAAAUAGCGUGACAAAUUGGAGAUGCGCUAAUGUGGACCGCGAUGUUUCUAUAAAUAUCCAAGCGACUGAAUCUAAAUCUCUUCCUUUUGCCGUGAGUAAAAUCCAAUUAACGUUUAUUUAUAGUAUGCGCUAGAUAUUUAUAAGUUUUCAAUUGGUUUUUAUUCUAACGUGCGGUUUGAAUGUUCAUUGUGUCUUCAAGAAUUCAGCCAUGAACUUGAAGUGAAUGAAAUUCGGAUUGACACCGGCGGUCCGCACAGGCGCCUGGCCAAUUUGGCAACGCGAUAUCGGGAACUAAUGGUUAAGGUUAAGUUCUGUGAAUCAUUAAUAUUGUUUAACGUAUCCUAAGUUAUUGAAGUUCUUCCAUUAAGUUUGUGGAACAGCGCCUUAGCCAUUGCCACACGGACACGAGGGCCCAUACUGAAAUUGUUUUUCAAUUAUACUGUAUCUAUAAUGUAUAUUAUAUGUAUCAUACUUGCUUUCUUCCGACCGUGCAUUUGAUAUUCUCUGUCCGAAACUUGUUGACGAGUGUUGAUUACUAAUAUUAUUUGAGCAGAAAAUGUCAAGUGGUCAAGGUCAGUGCUUUUAUACCGUUUGUCAUUGCCACACCGAAUGUGGCCGCCGCAAACUCUCGAUUGUCGGUAGUUAUCGACUCCUUAUCAAAGACUAAAUUAGUCCGGUUGUUUUCGUAAUGUAAAUAUUAUAAUACGUAUACCAAUUAAAUUUUAAAACUUUAAUAGUCCAAUAUUAGAUAUUUGUUCGUCCACAUUUUAUUCCAUUGGAAAAGUAUUGCCGUCUAAAGUUAUUGUUGUCCAAAUAUGAAUUUCGCUUGUACCAAUGGCUCAAUUAUUUUACUAUUUCUCUUAUUGCAACGUCUCGCUAAUUUUGGAGGUCGGCUUUUAUGAACCUAACCAAUUUUGAGAAGUCAAUUUAGAUGAUCGAUUGGCCUUAAUAACAAUUACGCGUUUUGUCUAUUACUAUUUAGCAUGAUAUCGUCCCUUGCUUCUAAAUAAUCCAUCCAUUUUUUAAAUGUUGGACGUACAUUUCAUUCUAUUCGUCUUGCCCAGCUUGCAUGUUGUACAUAGUAUUUAGUGUCUUAUGAAAGGAUUUAUCUCGUUCUUGUUGAAUUUUGUUAUGGGUAGUGUAAUAAUUUCGUCCUUCCUUUCAAAAUGAUUAUUUAUUCAAUAAAAGGCUCCGCUGCGGCACUUUCGCAUCGAACGUUGUAAAUAUCGUUAAGGCUUGAAGGGUAACUCUCAAACAAAAAGGUCGUGUCAAAUGUCGUAGGAUUAAGUCAAGCGAAAAUAUUACGGCGGAGUCCGCGUGAUUACGUAAUUUGCCAAAAAAUAUAAAUCAAAAUUUGAUUUUUAAUCGCCAAAUAAAUGUCUCGAAGUUAGCAACAGCCGGCCAGUGUUAAAACAUCCACUAGAAGUAAGGAAUUAUUCUGGUCCUCUUCAGAAAACCCUCCAAACACAAUAAAAAGUGUAGUAAUUUAGUCGGCAUUCGGGCCAGGAGACUGGAGCGCCAUCUGAGAUCAUUGUCUUCCAACAUUGACAUAAGCAUUCGAAAACCAUGGGUCAACGGUUAAUUAAAAGACCAAAGACCGAAAUACCCAAAGCGGUCGGUCGCAAUAAAUCCUAAACACACAAAAUUACUAAAAUUCACAAUUUGGCCCAUAAACAGUCCCUGGCCCAAGUGUGGGUAAAACCGUCUUGCGUACUUUGUCCUGUGAGUAACGUCCAUUAUAUUUGAAAAAUGAUUUAGCGUUAAGUAACUCUGAUUUUUAUCUUUAAACGAGGCAAGUCAUAUUAUGCAAGUCCAAUUACUCCAAAACGCGUUUGCGUGUGUCCUUAAAUUGGUUAGAAGUCUUAAAAUUAUUUUCACUUAUUGUAUCAUAACUUCUUUGUUGUUAUUAAAUGCAUACGCAUAUAAUAAUUAUGUAUAAUAAAUAGUAUAUUAUGAACAAUUUGCAUAGGUUUACGAAACCUUGUUGAAGGAUACUGUUGUUUCGGUUAGUUUUUGUCAAUUAAUGUGUCAAAACGGCUAUACUAUUUUCUUUUUUUUUAAUUAACAUUGUCAAUUGUUUUUUGUAUAUACAGAUCAUUAGUAAAAUUAUUAAAAAAAUGUCAAGUUAUUUCGUCAAUUUGAUAGUAAGUGUCCUUUUGUUGCUCAUUUUACGUUUUGUGGUUUACUUAUUAUAAUCGCUUUUUACUCAUUUCAAUUACAAUGCUCAAUAUUGUGGACAUGAUAUUAGACGAUUAAAAUUCGCUUUGCAUUUUAAUUUAUUUCUUUAUUUAUUUUUUCCAUUAACGUGAACGUCGUAAUUGCACUUUAUUUACACUUAAUUUGCAAAUAGGUAACAAUGGAUUAAUAAUGCAGCGUAUAUGUUUUUUUAUUUAGCUAAAUUACCAUUAUAGUAAAUUUUGUUGCCCUACACAUUAUAAAAAUAUGAUUUACCUGUCAGGGAACCUAUUUUAUGAGACCUAAAACAAUUUAAUAGAAAUGAGACAGUUGAAAAUGUUGUUGUUACCACUAGUAUAAGCACUAUCAAUUGUUUUAUUAUAUAAUAUGUAUGUAGAACGUUUGAAUAUUAUUAUAUAAUGGAAAUAUUUGUUUUUUUUUUUUUCACAAGAGAUAGGUACUAAUUUCUUUUGUUAAUCUUCGGGGAAGUUGUUAAUGAUUGAAGUGGAUAUUGUGAAUGAUGCAUUCCAUUCUGAACCGUUGAUUUUGCACUGUUCAUCGAUGCACAUUUUACGCAAAUAGUGUGUAAAAGGAGAUUCUAUUUUUACAGGCUUUGAAUAACCGUUCAUAGGGGAUGUUUAUCUGUAUGUUGACACUCGUAAUGUGACGUCACGUGUAUGAGUGCACGCUCAGUUAAGACCACUUAAAAUUACAAUCAGACCAUUUAAAUUUAAUAUACAUACUAUUAAACAUUAUGAUCCCUUUAUCUUAAUUGUAAAAACAUUAAUAAUAUCUAAUGUACUGUCACAAAGGGAGUAAUUAAAUGUCAAAUGUUGCUCGAUUGUUACCGAAUAAGUUAUUAGGAUGUUUGGACAGAAAUAUUUGUAUUUUGUCAUGUUUAUACAAAGGAAAAAUAUCUCAAUGAAAAUAUCAUAGUCCAUUGUACAGAAUAGACUAUAUUUAGGAUCUAGUGACAUCUCUUUUUCUUAUACCCUAGUUAGUGAUAUAUUAGGAGUACUAAUUUCCAAAUAUGUAUCACCUGCGCAUGACAGCAUCCCCACUGGUUCGUGUUAUACGUUAUGUUUGCCAACAUUUACUUAAGUAGAUUUAUUAUCUGUGAGGUUGUGUUAACCCCAUAAUUUAAUCUAUACAAUGAAUUCGGCCUAUUUUAUUUAAUUACUGUAAUAUAUAUUAUUGCAGUGCCGAUGUUGCCAUGUGCACCUUACAAGUUAUAUUACUUAACAUAGCUGAUAUUAUAGCGGCUUAAGGCGGGCGUUACAUACAUGAUCCAUACCUUAUUUUAAUAUUUAGAUAUAGAGAUCUUUGAGUUUGCGUAUUUUGAUCAAAUGUUAUUGUAAAUUUGCUGUACAGUAAUAGAGGUGGGCCGCUGCCGCGUCGGGUUCCGCGUCGACCGGCCAAGACUGUCGAUUCGCCGAACAAUUUGAAUAUUAUGUAUUAUGUCAAUGUAAAUAGAGUACGAAUUAGACAUGUAGACAUGUUAAGGGAUGUAAUCGUAGUGUUUUAAUUUUAUUUUCUAUGCAACGUGUGCGAGGGGGGUUUAAAUUAUGAUUAGUAUUGGGUCGCCGGGGCGGCGCGGCGGCGGCCGGCGCUGCGGCGCGACGGAACAAUGCUGCGAUAUUCCUUGUGCCCCUCGAAAUAUCAGUGCAUUAUAUGAGUCAAGAUGUAUAGACUAUGCGGUAGUGUUAUUGUGUAUAGAUGCGUUUAUACGAGCUCGAGUCAGGCGACGAGCGCGGAACUUGCCAGCCGGAUCGAGCGAACGACGACUAGCUAUGAAUACUGACAUCGGCUCACGUUAAUUAGCUUUUAAAUAUUUCAUCAAAAUAUAAAAUACACAAAAAAAAUGGAUAUAAAUUUCUCGACCAAGUACUGGUUGUUUUUAAAUUAUUAAAAUGUAAAAAAAAAUUAGAAUAUAAACAAAGUAUAGGUACAAUUUAUGAAUUAUACUUUUCUUUUCGGCAUUUCAUGUGGCAGUGGAGUGGAACUAGCUUUUAUUUGCUGCUCAGAGUAAUGUUGUGUAAGCACACGCUAGUGAACAGUGACACGCCCGUUGAAGCAACCUUACACAAUGUCGUAUUUUUCUAUAUAUUUUGUGAUUUCUUUUGCUCAUGUCCUCUUCCAUUGCUUUUUAUUUUUGUUUGUCAACUGUCUAAGUGUAUAGUAUGAUUUUAAGGCAGGGUGAAGCAGAAAUGAAAAGAGGUACUUUUUAAUUUGAAUUGAUUGAUGACUUGUUUGAAUGUUUAAAUUGAGUUGAUUUUAUCCAUUCGAUGGAUUUUGUAUUGUUACGAAAGGAGCCAGAGUUUGUUGUUUUUUUUUUUAUUAAGUCAAUGAUGAUUUUCGAUUAAUAAUGAGGCAGCAGAUUAGUUAAUAAAAAACUGACAAGUUACCACAAAAACAAUAGUCAGAUGCUCUCUUUGGCGUGGUUCUUACUAUGUGGGGUCAGCCAGCGCUAGCCGCGGGCGGCCGGCUUGUGAAUAGUCAGUAUUACAUUACAUCAUGCAAUAAACAUGAGCUGAAGAGAGGUUGUGAAGAGUAUCGUUAUAAAAGGUACCUAUUCAAAAUCUGGACGAACAGACUAACUUACUCAUUUAUACGACAGAUAGUGUUGCUGCAAUGUGCAUUUACGCCAUCUUCAUUUGAAUUUGAAUUAUGGAAUCAGUGCCAAACUUUCUCCUUCUUGUAUAGCUCAAAACGAUGCAAUUGUUAGCAUGCUUGAUGAAACAGCUAAGUAAUUGUUUAGUUAGUCUGCCAUUUUGUGAAUAUUUUGUUUUGAUAGUAAUAUGUAAAUCUUUUAUAAUAUAUUUGUUUACAAUAAAUAAAUGACAACAUUAUAAAUAAAUGAAAUUGUAUUUUCCAUUUAAACUGAUGAAAAAAAUAUAAAAAGAAUAAUAUGCAAUGA